CCCGCCCAGUGGCGCAUGCGCAGCUCGGAGGCGGCUGGCGGAGGAAGGAAGCUUGUCCCCGCGCAGGACCCGUUAGCCGCGGGGGAUUGUGGGAGAGGAAAGAUGGCAGCGGCUGGCUGCUUUCGGGCUGCCCGCAGUCUCCUGCUGCUGCCAAGGGCAGGCUCUGGCAUUCCUGCAUCAAUAUCUCCUGCACCGCAGCAGCAUCGUCACGUACAUUAUACUGUGAUCCCCCAUGGAAGAAGCGGGCGUUCCUCCGUUAGUGGCAUUGUGGCAACUGUCUUCGGGGCCACAGGAUUUCUGGGACGAUAUGUUGUCACCCGUCUGGGGCGUAUUGGAUCCCAGAUAAUCAUACCCCAUCGCUGCGAUCAGUAUGAGCUCAUGUAUCUUCGACCCAUGGGUGACCUGGGGCAAAUUCUGUUCUUGGAAUGGGACUCUAGAGACAAAGACUCUACCCGAAGAGCCGUGGAACACAGCAAUGUGGUCAUUAAUCUUGUUGGACAAGAAUGGGAAACAAAAAACUUCAGUUUUGAAGAUGAAUUUGUAAAUAUUCCUAGAGAUAUUGCCCAGGUAACCAGGGAAGCUGGAGUAGAAAAGCUCAUUCACAUCUCUCACCUGAAUGCUGACAUGAAAAGUCCUUCCAAAUACCUUAGGAAUAAAGCUGUUGGAGAGAGGGUAGUCAGGGAGGAAUUUCCAGACGCUAUCAUUAUGAAACCCGCUGAGAUAUUUGGAAGAGAGGACCGAUUUUUCAAUUAUUAUGCAAAUAUGCGUUCCUUUGGCGGUGUGCCACUUAUUGCUCUGGGCAAGAAAACAGAGAAGCAACCUGUAUAUGUUGUUGAUGUAGCCAAGGCAAUUAUUAGUGCAAUUAAGGAUCCUGAUGCUAAAGGAAAAACAUAUGCCUUGACUGGACCUCAUCGAUACCUUCUUUAUGACUUGGUAGACUAUCUGUAUGCGACUGCCUAUAGAUACUAUUUCCCAUACCCACUCCCACGUCUUCUCUACCAUUUAUUUGCAAGAUUCUUUGAGAUUAAUCCAUUUGAACCAUGGACAACGAGAGACAAAGUGGAUCGGUUUCAUACAACAGACAUGAAGUUCCCUGAUCUUCCUGGGUUGGAGGACCUGGGCAUUCAACCAACUCCCGUAGAACUAAAAGCAAUUGAAGUUCUGCGCCGUCACCGGAGAUAUCGCUGGCUGGACGCUGAGCUGGAUGAGAUAAAACCAUCAAAGACUAUUCCCAUCUAACAGUGGCCAAGGUGGCUUCCAGUGCUUCUCACACUGCUUUUGUGCUGACCUACUUUGUUUGGAGAAUUCUGUACAUACUGAGUAAAAUCCCUAUGUUGAUCAUGUAAGCGUUAUUUCAGCCGCGUCAUUAUUUUCAUUCAAGAUUUUAAUCAUGGGGGAAAAGGUCUGUUUUCUGUAAUUCUCCUUUUUUAAAGCUCAUCUAAUCCAUACUGCGUGAUGUUGCUCAGUUUGUGAUCAUUAAAUGUUUUAGCUCAUGGGAGCCUAAACAAUA